CCUCAGGGACUGGAAACUGCAGAGCAGAGUGGGGUAUAAAGGCUCAGUGGGUCUGGGCAAGUGUCCAGCUGUGAGGAUGGUGAGGACAGCACUGCUCCUGCUAUGCCUGCACCUGAACCUCGCCUGGACCCAGGAGUCUGUCCCCAGGCCUGUGCCACUGAGGGCCUCUAACAUGGCCAGGGUUUCGGGGUCCUGGCGCUCUAUUUCCAUGGCCUCGAAUGACCUGAAGCGGAUUGAAGAAAAUGGGGACUUGCGGGUCUUCAUACGACACAUCGAACACUUGAGGAAUGGCAGUCUGAAAUUUGAUUUCCGCUUCAUGAUACAGGGGGACUGCGUGGCCGUGACCGUGGUCUGCGAGAAGAUGAAGAAUGACAGGGAGUACUCCAUUGUCUACAAUGGGAAGAAUAAGGUCACAGUUCUGGAGACCGACUUCUGGGUGUACCUCACCUUCCACUUGCAGAACCUCAGGAAUGGGACCAAGACCCAAGUGCUGGGUCUCUACGGACGGAUUCCCCAGCUGGACCACUCCUACCUGGACAGAUUUAAAAAGAUCUGCAAAACAUAUGGACUCAGUUCGCAAAAUAUCAUUGACAUGACCAACCAAGAUCACUGUCCCUUCAAGCGGUAAAGGAGCCAGCCCAAGCCUCCCAGGACAGCUGACACUGGAUUUAAGGCCCCCCAAAGUCAUCAAGGAUAAGCUCAUCUCAGGACACUUAACUUAUCACACAUGCAAAGACAGAAGGCCGCACUCACAGGCCCCAGGUAUUAGGAUGUGAACAUGUCUUUUUGGGAUGCUGUUCAGUCCCCACUGGCCCCUCCUGCGAGUCACCUCUCCCUCCUGGGGCACAGACAUCAGGCCCAUAAAAGAUGCUCGGAGAAGCCUCCCUCCGAGAAGCAGGGCCCCCCAAGGCGCCUGUGCACGAGGCCCCGAGGUCUGAGGACACCCGCAAGACACACACUCACCACACAGACCCUGCGUCCCCCAGGGACAUCACCCACAGUGGCACAGUAGGACAUGUGCCCGCUCCCCACUCCAGUGUUGUUGAAGGGAGGUGCCAGCCAACCCAUGGUUAUGUUGUGGGGUAACAGUGAGCGUCGGGCAUUUGUCAGAGAAACGUCCACACAUGCCCCUAAAGAAAUGAGCACAGCAGCCCUAUUCACAGCCAUAGGACCUCAAGCAGCCCAGUGUCCCUCCACGGCAACCAGCCACAUGCAGUGUAGGACAUAGGACAGGGCUCAUGCAAGAUGGGCCUCGUGCAGACAGAGUUGUUUGUGAUGACAACAGUCACCUCUGCCCACCCCACCUGCCCCUGCUCUGUGCUGGGGUCCCUGAAGCCACAAUACUGCAGAAGAGGAGGAUGGACACGGCUCCCAGAGGCUGGGGAUAGGAUGUUCCGGAAGGCGUGGAGACUGUGGGGAUGGACACAUGUGCUCCCACAUCCUUCCCUCACCCUUCAGUGCGCGUGGCUUGGGGAAAUGUGCUAGGGUGGGUGCAGUCCAGCUGCUGCUCUCUGGGAGGCGGGAUCAGGGUCACUGCUAUUUUUCACAACUGCAUGUGAACCUACAAUUCUCUCAA